AUGGCUAGCCACAAUGAUUUUCAUCUUUCUUCGCCACCUGCUGAUUGUGUUUGUGUGUGGCAAAUUCUUCCUCCACAUCCACAAGCGAAUGAUACUAACCCCAAUCCUAAUAAUCUUGAAGUUGCACUACCCCAAACACUUCCACCAGCCAUUGAUACUGAACCCAAGCCUAAAACCCUGGGUGACAAAAUUGGUGUUCAUUGGUUUUGCAUGUUGAUUUUGAUUUUGAUUAUUGUUGUUAUCAUUGCUACUGUCCUAGGAAUUUAUUUUGGGAAUGCCCCUCGUCCAAAUUUGCAAGUUUAUGCAGUCUUUGUAUGUCCCUUUAACAUUUCAGGCUCUUAUAUAACUUCCAAGUGGGAUUUUUAUUUGUUGCUACGAAACCCUUAUCAUAAUAGUUUCUAUUACAGUCUUUUUGACUUGUCUUUGUUCUACAAAAGCAAAUUCCUCUCAGGCAAUUCUAUUGAGCCAUUUGUUCAGCCUAGAAAGGACCAAAGAGCAAUUAAGGUGAAGCUUGAUACUUCUUCAAUGUAUGUGGAGGAUAGAGUAAUGGAGGAUAUCAUUGCAGAGAAGAAUACUGGGGUGGUCAAGUUUGACCUUAAGAUGAAAGUCAAUAUUUGGACUAGAUGGUUUUCUACAAUGGAUAAAAUGAAAUUGAACAUUAUAUGUGAGGAUAUUAUGGUUGGUGUUCCAUCAAAUACGAGUGUGGGAAGAUUUUUGGGCAGACCAAGAAAAUGCAAGGUCAAGAGGCGGUAG